GGAGGUGCCGGCAGAGCUGCGCAGGUUAGCGCGGGGCGGACAAGUGAACCUGGAUAUGGAGGAUCACCGUGAUGAGGAGUACGUGAAACCCAAAAGUGUCUUCAAAGCUUUUACUGGAGAAGGACAGAAGCUGGGCAGCACCGCGCCCCAGGUGAUGGGCACCAGCUCGCCAGCCCAGCAGGCAGCGAAUGAAGCCAAAGCCAGUUCUGCCAUCACUAUCGAUGAGUCGGAGCCCAUCACCAACAUCCAGAUCCGUCUCGCUGACGGUGGGCGACUGGUCCAGAAGUUUAACCACCAUCACAGGAUCCGUGACAUCCGGCUCUUCAUAGUGGAUGCCCGGCCAGCGAUGGCUGCCACCAGUUUCGUCCUCAUGACCACCUUCCCGAAUAAAGAGCUGACUGAUGAGAACCAGACCCUGAAGGAGGCCAACCUGCUCAACGCCGUCAUC